CGGCAAUUGUGGCUUAGUUGCCGUCUGAAGUGAUGGCGCUCUCCGGUGAACAGAGGGUCCUCCUGGGAUUUAAAGAUGCAGCGUUAGAACCUGAUACGGCUUCCUCAUGGGAUGUGAGCAAGAUAGGUGGGCUGCCGGAUCCACCUCCACAGGUGACCCUCUGUUUUCCUGCUUGUCCUCUGUGCUCUGGAUCCCUGUGCCAUGUUGUGCAGGUAUAUUGUCCCCUGGAGGGCUCUCAUUUCCAUCGUGUCAUCCAUGUGUUUGCAUGCAGAAGGAAGUCCUGCUGGGGAAAACCUGAAAGCUGGGUGGCAUUACGAUCCCAGAGCCUUGAAGGACAUAAGCCACAAAUCACAGAGGCCUCUUCACAGCAGUUACAGCUGGUUUUCUCUAUUCAGGAAAACAAGAUGGCCACUACAGAAUGGUGUGACGAUGCUGAUAACUGGGGAAUGGAUGACAAUGAUGCUGAAUCUCUGAUAAUGGCACCUGCAGUAUCACAUAGCACAAGCUGCCCUGCAGAAAUCCCAACCACAGACUGGACAUCUCAGCUCCAGAACCUUUCACUUACUGAUGCGUCUGAGACCGUACAGUCUAGUGACUCCGGUGACAUCUUUCGGUGUUAUUAUAUAGCAGUGGUAGACGAGAAAGAGUGUGAAUGGGACACGGAUCUUGAUCACGCUCGCCGGCUUCUACAGGAAUAUGAGCGGCGAGAGGCAUCCUCUGUGGAAGAGUUAGAGAGCUGUGAGCUGAAAGGCCAGGGUGAGAAAUAUGAGAAGAGUGACCUGAAGAGUCGGGACCUCAUGUUUUACAAGUUCCUUAGGAAGAUCGCGCCUUGUCAACAACAGAUUCUCAGAUACUCUUGUAAUGGGCAACCGUUAUGUAUAAGCCCCUUGGAUGCCACAUCUCAGCCUCCGCCAUGUCCACGAUGCGGAAGCAGAAGAAUUUUUGAGUUCCAGUUGAUGCCGGCUCUUGUAACAAUGCUGCAGGGAGCUAAAAGUGACUUGCUUUUGGAAUUUGGGACAGUUCUCAUUUUUACCUGCGAGAGGAGCUGUUGGGAAGCAAGUGAUAGGACGCCAGUGCAAGAAUUCUGCAUCGUACAAGAGGAUCCAGACCAGAAAUAUUUUAAGUAGUGGACAGUAUACAGAUUGGGGAAAAAAAAAACAUUUAUAGAUACAAUAUCAAAUAAUUUACCUAUUUAUUUUGA